AAAUAAAACCAUCCUAAAUUCUCUCUUCACAUACAAAUCAACCUCAAACACCCCCUCACGACAUUAAUGUUUCCAAAAAAAAACCAAAGUGCUGUCUACUCAAACAGCAUCAUCCUACAUAGAAAAUAACUCAACCUAUCCACAGAAACAUUCAUCUGGAUGAAUUUUGUCAAUAUCCUCACAGGAAUACUUCAAAAUACUAAAACUCAUCUCAUUUUUGAACCUAAUGCUAUAUAUUUGGCAGGUAUUUCUCCCAUUAAGACAUAGGUCAUGAUGAAGAUUAAUUGCGAGUAGCCCAAUUCAAAAUCGAAUACAUAGCCUUCCAAGAGUUCAAAAUGAUCUAUGUCAUGAAGGAUCAGCGAACUAUCCACUCCUAUAAACCAUAUACUUCCAUAUUCUAUUCCAAAAACUACAAGGACCUCUAUUCUAAAUAUCGAGGAACUUGCUUAUUUGUUAAGGACAAGUUGAUUAAGGAACAGAAGCAAUUGCAAGAUUAAACUGGUUAUCUAAAGGAUUUUGAUUUAGAGAAUUAUGAAUCUUUUGUGAUUGCCUGGGUUCCGAAGAAGAAAGAAUAAAAAAUUUCUAAAUUAUUUCAAACUUGGAUUGCUGAGAACAAUCAAUCGAAUACCUUUACUCCAAAACUUGAAUUGAGACCAACAAUCAAUAAAGAAUACUUUAAUGAUGCUGAUCCUCUCUAAUAAAUUGCCAUGACUUAUAUUGAUUUUAUUCUUUUCUAUACUGAAAAUGAUGUUGAAUAAUUCCAAUUGCAAAAUAAAAUUUUGAUUAAAUUGGUUGAUGAUGGAAGGAAAAUUCAAUUAAAAAUCUAUUCUUCAAAUCUACUCUAUUGUUAAUAAGCUUAGCAAAAUAUCAAUGAUUUUUUGAAUUUGCAAUCAUUGGAAAUAUUCAAUAUGGAAUUAUGUGAUCUGUGCGAAGACUUUGAAAAGUUCCUUUUUGAUUUGGAAGGAAUAUUGAAGAAAAAAUGCAGUCUGCCUGUCAGGUUAUAUAAACUCGAUUCUAUUCUAUCGUUAGCUAAAGAGAUCGAUCGAAAAUUCGACACUUAGAUACAAAAUUAUGUAUACAGCUUAGGAUUUAAGUAAUGCUUAUUUUAUUCUAAACAACGAGAAAACACUCAAGCUUCAAAAGUAAUAAAAGAUAUUGUUGAAUUAAGGCUGAAAUUUAAUUAAAUAAUGAAUAAGAAAUAAUUGGAGAUGUCAUACUUGUCAUAAUCAUUCCAAAGUUGUAAAUCCACAUUACUUAAUUCCCAGUAGUGUAAAUCUUCUAUUCUGCCUUAAACAAUUAAAGAUAAAGACUAAUUUAUCCAGAAGGAAUACAGAAAGUAAUCUGUUCAUCCAGACAUUACUUCUCAAUAUCAAUAGGAUAAGAAUUCAAGUAGUUUUUAAUUCGAACAAAAAUCAAGAGUAACCAAAGAGAAUAUUUAAUAGAUUUAGAAAGGAACGAUGAAUGAUUAAUUUCACAAGCAAUCAGAAUAUUCAAAUGGGGGAACUUAUAACUCUGUGGAAUCUUUAAAAAAAGAUUAAAAUAGUUUCGAUAGCAAUUAUAGUAGUGAUAUGAAUGAAUUGCAAGAAUUUUGCAAUGAUAUCUAAGUAAAAUCGCAAGUUCAAAACAAAAAUCAAAAAAUCUUUGAGGAAGAAAAGGUCUCUUAAAUGAUUUCAAUUCAUCACAUUUCACAUCAAUUUGUUAGGUAGAUAUUGUAAAUAGGGUUUGAUUAAUUGUCAAUUGUAUAUAAAUUAAAAGAUUCAAUAAUAUUGCAUUUAGAAGAUUGGGAAUAAAGUUUAAGAUAUUUCUUAACAAAUUAAGAUAUUUAAAUUAAUGAUUUAGAAUUGAUCUUUGGAGAUGAUUAAAUAACAAUAAAUACCAAAUUGAAUUAUCAAUAUGUUUCUGCUAUUUGCGAUUAGUUUUUUUCAGGUACAACUUGUUUCGUUGUAGGAUUAAAUUAAAAUUCUUAGGAUUUUAGAGAUGAAUUAAAGGAUACUUAUGAAAUAGAAUCAAAGCAAACAUAAUUCUAAUAGAUUGGAUUAAUUACAAAAAAGUAAUAUGAAUAAUUGCAGGCAGAUGAAAAGGGCAAGUAUCUGGCUAUGGAGAUAUAUAAUUAUCUAUACUUUGAAACAAAUAUUCAACAAAGGAUUGAUUAAUUCAUCAAUAUAAAAGAGUUCGAUGAACCUCAACCUAGUAUUGAAUUGGGUAAGUUGAUAAUUGUAUUGUCACAAUAGUAAUUAAACUACUUAGAAGAAAAUAAUCAGGAGCUAGAAUGCAAUAGAUUGAUUAAAUUUGGAAAAUACCUAUCAAACACUUUUUAUUUUGUGGAGAUAGAGAACAAUAAAAGAUAGUUUUAUGUGGGUGCAUAGGAAUAGCUUAAAAAAAUAGGUUAUGAAAUGGUAGAUAAUUAUUGUAAUAGGAAAAAGUAGAAAUACAAGAAUUAGCAAAUAAUUCAAUUAAAAUAAAAUAGCUGGAAGUUAUGCAUAUAUUCUAACAUUUAAAAGUUUUAUACUAAAUUAAUAAAUGAUCUAUUGGAGUUCAAAUUUAAUGAGAAGGAAUAUCUCUCAAUAUUUUAAGUAGGCUUAAAGCUAACUGAACUUUAAAUAGAUUUGGGGUAAUUUUAAGUAAAGCAUGAGAAGGAUAUAGGCAUGUUGGAAUAAAUAUUGUAGGGGGAUUAAAAUUGUAAUUAUUGUAAUUUAAUUAAUUAAGAUAAAUGUGCAUCUCAACAAAUAGAUCAGUUUACACCAAGAAAUUACUUGACCAUAAUUGUUAGAUCUGAUCAAUUGCAUAUAGAAAAUACAACUCACCUUCAGCCUGAUACAAGUCUCAUCAGGUAAUUUAUUUAAUAUUAUAAUUUAAGAGGUUAUUAUGAAGUACAAGAAAAUUAUGUCAAAUAAUAAAACUGUUGA